GCUGAGCAGAAUAUAAUCGAAAACCUCUCUUUCCAUCGCCUCAACAUGAUUAUAUCCGGUGCUUCCACUGCAUUUGUCUGCAUUGCAAUAUUUAGUUUGAUGUUCUGGCAUGCAAUUCAUCUAAGCAAUCCGAGAGAGCAAAUCAAGUACGUAAUAUUGAGAAUCAGCCUUUUGAUUCCUCUUUAUACGAUAACAUCCUUCCUUUCUAUAUGCAAGCCGUAUGCUUACGUUUACAUCACCCCCUGGCUGGAACUUUUCCAGGCUGUCGCCCUGGGCUCUUUUUUCCUGCUACUAUGCGAAUUCAUCUCACGCGACAGUCAGUCCGAAAUUGAUGUAUUUUUUUCCGCCUUUCAAGCGCCUCAAAAAAAGCAAAACAAACCCUCUCUCGGCGGAUUGGAAUGGUUUCGGAAACAAUGGAUUGCCAUCUUUCAAUACCCCGUUGUUGCACUUUUGACAAGUCUGGCAACCGACUUCACCCAGAUUGCUGGCGUCUACUGUCUUGAAAGUGGCAAAGUGUACUUUGCACAUGUUUGGCUGACUAUCAUCACCGAGGCUUCGGUGGCGUUCGCGGUUAUCUCAGUUCUCACUUUCUACCGAGCGCUUAAAUCCCACUUGGCCAGCCAUCAGCCACUUGCUAAGCUCCUGGCUUUCAAAUUGAUUGUGGGUCUGACAUUUCUCGAAAAGUAUUCUAACAAAGGAUUUCAGAUUAUCUUCACUAUCUUGCAGUCCACCAAUGUACUGAAACCCAGCUCAACGUUGAGUUACGCCGAUGUCAACAUUGGGAUUCCCAAUCUGGUGAUCUGCCUACAGAUGGUGCCAAUUUCUGUGUUUUUCUAUUACGCAUAUGGCGUGGGGCCAUACAAAAUCAAGCAAGGCGAUGAAAUCCACGACUUCGGCUUCCAGGAAGGGGCAAUCGGCAAUUACCAGAAAGUCCCCCGUGUUAGGAAUAUUUCCAAUUAUCAGGGAGGAGUUUUAGGUAUGCGCGCUUUGGUUUCCCUUUUUAAUCCGAUGGAGAUUUGUCGGGCAAUAAAGUUUGGAUUUAAAAUGGCACAAGAGCUUGGACAUCAUGAUGAAAGGAAUAAAGACAGUGGAACAGGCAUCGGGAUCAAUAUGAGCCCCGAAAGUGUGCCCCUUCAUGAGCAGAGAUAUGGCCCAGGAGAUAUAUGA